CAGCAUCAGCAUUCAACAACAGGUACGUUCAAACAAUUUCUCUUGCAUAAUAACUCGACAUGAUUACACAAAUUUAUCUGUCAAUCCCCUGAAUAUUACAUGUUGACAAAAAUUUCAAUCCAUAAAAUAUGAUCGUCCUUAUCCUAUAUUCAGCGUUCUUGCCCAAUUCUGUGUACAACCUAGACUGACUCACGGCAAGCAGGAAAGCUGCCUCUGUUGCACGAUGGCGACGACUGCUACUUCGCGUCCGCCGGUAAGGAUCUCCAAGGUUGCCAACAGGUACCUACUCUUCGACAUUGACGAUGUGAUAUACCUCCGCCGCAAUCACAACAUUGGCUCCGUCUACAUCGGAUUGAUACCCCAAAACCCCCAGCAGAACGUCUUUAAUGGCUUGCCCGUCGAGUUGAUGCCGGAAGAGGCCCAAGUCCUUGUAAAAAAGAAGGCGGCCUACGUCGUCGAUGAUGCUGUAUUCCAUCUUUGUAGGCUGACUUCACUGGACUACUUGUCGCGAAGAGCCUACGAACAGUCCCUCCAGGCUGAGGGCAGGCAGGCACAGUUGAUGAGUCUGGAAUACAAGCUACAGAACACCCCUGAUGAAUUCAGGAACAAGCAGAAAAAGACCAAGACCAAGUUACAGCAGACUUCAUCUGAAGCCAACGUUGCAGGAAGCCUUGCCACGGUCAGGGCAGCACAUCGAGAAGAAGAACCCAACCUCUUCGAUGCCAGUCCACCGACUUCUAGACGUCAGUCCCAAGCACCGAAGGAAUCGUCCAAGGGAUGGCCCGUGACGCCUACCACAAGCGGUAUCCUUCUCACCCCACCACCAGAACUAGACACUCCAUCAGUUCCGGUUGACACCCCCCCCUCCUACCCACUGUUCGCUCAUUUGCAGCAUAAAGGAUACUUCACUAUGCCUGGCAUUCGGUUUGGGUGCGACUACAAUGUGUAUCCUGGUGACCCUCUGCGGUUUCACAGCCACUUCCAGGCUACGAGCUACGGCUGGGAAGAGCAGAUUAACCUGAUAGACAUUGUUGCCUGUGGACGCCUGGGGACCAAUGUUAAGAAAAGCUACUUGAUCGGGGGUGAAGUAUCUGGAGUGAGCAAAGCUGGGGUGUCCGAAAAGGAACAGAAGGAGGUAGAGGAAGGCGUUCCGCCGCCCGUUAGGUGCUUCAGCAUCGAAUGGGCAGUCAUGUAGUUGAGACAAAACUAAGAGACAAGAAGCAUACAUGCAACACAAA